AUGGCUGCCAGAACAUUGAGAAUAGGCCUCAUCCCCGGCGACGGGAUUGGCAGAGAGGUCAUUCCGGCUGGUCGAAGGCUUCUAGAAGCACUUCCCUCAUCUCUGGGCCUGAAAUUCUCCUUCGUUGACCUUGAGGCUGGCUUUGACACCUUCAAGAAGACGGGAGCUGCUCUCCCCGAUAAAACUGUCGAGGUUCUCAAGAAGGAAUGUGAUGGCGCCCUGUUCGGGGCUGUCAGUUCCCCAAGCACAAAAGUAGCGGGCUACUCCUCCCCAAUCGUCGCUCUCCGCAAACGCCUUGACCUAUACGCAAACGUACGGCCCGUCCGCACCACCACAGGCUCCUCCGGGACCCCAAUCGACCUCGUCAUUGUCCGCGAGAACACCGAAGACCUCUACGUCAAAGAGGAGAAAACCAGUGACACUCCCAAUGGCAAAGUCGCAGAGGCCAUCAAGCGGAUCUCUGAACACGCCUCUUUCCGCAUUGCCACCAUGGCCGGUGACAUUGCCCUACGCAGACAGAAGAUCCGUGACGCAGACCCCAGCACAAAGUCCAACGCGAGGUCCAAGCCCAUGGUCACCAUCACCCACAAAUCCAACGUCCUCAGCCAGACCGACGGGCUCUUCCGCGAGACCGCGCGACGCGCACUAGCCCAAACCCGCUUCGCUGGGACUGUCGCUGUCGAGGAGCAAAUUGUCGACUCCAUGGUGUACAAGCUCUUCCGCCAGCCGUCGUACUACGACGUCAUCGUUGCUCCCAACUUGUACGGCGAUAUUCUAUCUGAUGGCGCUGCGGCACUUGUUGGGUCGCUGGGUCUUGUUCCCAGUGCUAAUGUUGGCGACAACUUUGCCAUUGGUGAACCGUGCCAUGGGUCUGCGCCAGAUAUUGAGGGCAAGGGUAUUGCGAAUCCCAUCGCGACGCUGAGAAGUGUCGCGCUUAUGUUGGAGUUUUUGGGGGAGGAAAAGGCUGCUGCUAUCAUUUAUAAGGCAGUUGAUGCAAAUCUGGAUGCGGGGGCGUUUUUGUCGCCGGAUUUGGGGGGAAAGGCGAAGACGGAUGAGGUGCUAGAGGAUGUGUUGAGGAGGUUGUAG